ACUGCUCCAAGGUUUUUCUGUGUCUGAGAGGUUAAAGCCGGGACUCUCCAGCGUCUCCCUGCACUCUCCUCCACCUCACCGCAGACAUGCUCACCUGUCUCCUCUCGUUCCUGCCUCCUUCGCUCUCUCCCUCUGUCCUUAUCACCCUUUUUACCGUCGUAGUGGUCGUCCUGUUCUUGACCACAUGCCAGCUCGUUCCUGAAACUGAACCCUCGGCUCGGGGCUCCAUCCCCUGCCUGCCACGGCUCCCCUUCCUGGGCAGUCUCCCCUGGCUUGGAGGAGGCCUCCCACCUCAUCUCCUCUUCACGCAGAUGUCCCACAGGUACGGGCCUCUGUUUGGGCUCUACCUCGGUCCUCACUACACUGUGGUCAUAAACAGCCAUCAACAUGCCAGAGAGGUCCUGAUGCAGAAAGGCAAGGACUUUGCUGGACGACCGAGCAUGGUCACCACCAACCUGCUGACCAGAGGAGGCAAAGACAUCGCAUUUUCAGACUACACCCCUCUCUGGAAGUAUCACCGUCGCCUCGUCCACAACUCCUUUACUCUGUUUGGAGAAGGAACGACUCGACUGCAGGACAUCGUUCUGUCCGAGGUGGACAGUCUGUGUGUUGAGCUGUUGUCCAGCGAAAAGCAGGGGUUUGAUCCGUCCUCUGCAGUAACCAGAGCCGUCACGAACAUCAUAUGCACACUAGUGUUCAGUGCGACCUAUCGACACGGCGAUGCCGAGCUGCAGGAGGUGAUUCAAUACAACAAUGGGAUUGUGGAAACGAUUGCCAGGGGAGGACUGGUUGACAUCUACCCCUGGUUGAAGGUAUUCCCUAACAAGUCUCUCAGUAAACUGAAGAAGUGUAUCACUAUCAGAGACCAACUACUGACCCGCAAACUGCAGGAACACAAGUUAUCAAGAAGUGACGGAGACCCAUGUGACCUCCUAGAUGCCUUGUUAAAGGGCCAGACUAGUGGGCAGGGUCAAAAAUCUUCGGAGUCAAAAGACGAUGGGAUAACUGACGACCAUGUCCUGAUGACAGCGGCUGAGGCUUUUGGAGCUGGAGUGGAGACGACAUCCACCACACUACUAUGGAUUCUGGCCUACCUGUUGCAUCACCCUGAGGUCCAGGAGCGCGUGCAGAAGGAGCUGGAUGAGCAUGUUGGCAGUGAGCGGACUGUGACCAUAUCAGACCGUGGUCAGCUGCCGUAUCUGAACAGUGUCAUUAACGAGGGCAUGAGGAUCCGGCCAGUGAGUCCCGUGCUGAUCCCACACACCGCUAUGACCAACAGCAGCAUUGGAGGCCACGCUGUCAGUCAGGGGACACGUGUUUUGGUCAACAUGUGGUCGAUUCACCACGACCCCCAUCACUGGGACAAACCUGAUUUGUUCAAUCCAGAACGUUUUCUUGAUCACCAUGGUCAGCAGGUCACACCCUCCUCUUUCCUUCCAUUUGGGGCGGGACCUCGAGUCUGCGUUGGCAAAUCACUGGCUAGGCUGGAACUCUUCCUUUUCUUGUCCUCUCUGCUCCAGCGAAUGAGCUUCAGGGUGCCACGUGGCGCUCCUCUGCCCAACUUGCAGGGACGGUUGGGUGUAGUGUUGCAGCCAUUGCCUUUUAAAGUUGUUGUCAUUCCCAGGGCUGGAUGGGAGGAUGGAGGAAAAUGACAGAGUGGAGGCAGACAGUGAGGCUGGGUGAUGAGAAACAGAAACAUAAAUUGCUCAUUCCAUGUCAUUUCAUCAAAUGCCUCCUACUGCCCAAAAUCCAAGCAAAAAAAAAAAAAAAAAGGAGGAAAAAAAUUCAGGUGAAAGAUACACUUCUUAAUAGCAACUGAGAGAGGAAUAGCAGUUUGUCAGGUCUCUGCUGUCAUUAGUUUUCUCACAAAAAACAAAACAAAAACAA